AUGUUCACGCUGAGUUUUCUCCUGAGCCUUUUGGCUGCAGUGUUCUGCAUGCCGGUGUCGCAGCCCACACAGCAGGAUGAGCAGUUUGCAGAGAAACUUAAAUGCUCUUUUAAUUCAACAAAUGAUAUGUUGACUUGCACAUGGAGAGCAGACAGUUCAGUGUCUACGAAGCUGACGGAGAUGCAAAAAUUCUUCUUUGGCCUUCAGAUCACAGUGAACCUGGAUGUUGACACCUUGGCCAUGACGAAGAAGCCACGCUGUGGCGUUUUAGAAGAACCUCUUAGUCUGGUCUCUACUGCUGACAACAAUCUGAAGUGGGACAAGAAUGACCUCACAUACAGGAUAGAGAACUACACACCAGACAUGUCUGCAGCAGAGGUAGAUGAAUCCAUUGAGAAAGCUCUUCAGGUUUGGGCCAAGGUUACUCCCCUCAGAUUCACAAGGAUUUACAGUGGCAUAGCAGACAUCAUGAUCUCCUUUGGUCGUGGUGCACACGGUGACAAUAGCCCUUUUCAUGAAACUGGCAAUUAUCUCGCUCACGCCUUUCCUCCUUCGUCCGGCAUUGGAGGAGAUGUACAUUUUAACGAUGAUGAGACCUUCACCUUCCGCUCCACUGAAGGCUACGUCCUCUACCUGGUUGCAGCCCAUGAGUUUGGUCACUCUCUGGGUUUGUCCCACUCUAAAGACCCUGGUGCUCUCAUGUAUCCUCUGUACUCAUACAGAGAUCCCGAUACCUUUGUUCUGCCACAAGAUGAUGUCAGAGGCAUCCAGUCGCUUUAUGGCAAAAACGAGGAUCCAAUUCCUCCUGGACCAACUGCUGCCCCCACUCCUGAUGCCUGUGAUUCCUCCCUGGUCUUGGAUGCUGUUGCCACACUACGAGGAGAGAUGCUGUUCUUCAAGAACAGCUUCUUCUGGCGUAUCCACCCCCAGAGCGACACCCUUCAGCAAACUCUCAUAACAAACUUCUGGCCCGACGCCCCCGAAAGUGUUGAUGCUGCUUACGAGAGUCAGCAGUCAGACAGGGUCUUUUACUUUAAAGGUCGUCAAGUUUGGGCUUUCAGUGGCUAUGAUCUGGUAGGCGAUUAUCCCAAAUCGAUUUCCAGCUUUGGUUUGCCGAAGGACAUUAAGAAAGUUGAUGCGGCCCUCAAUGACCCAGAGACUGGCAAGACUCUGUUCUUCGUUGGCAGCAAUUACUACAGCUAUGAUGAGACUACAAAGACGAUGGACUCAGGAUUCCCAAAGCGAGUUGAUGAAACCUUCUCUGGAAUGACCAGGAAGGUGACAGCAGCUUUACAGCACAGAGGUUUCACCUACCUCUACAGUGGUCCCUACAUGUACGAGUUCAGCUCGGGGCAGAUGCUGCGUCUGCUGAGAAACAACUACUUCCUGCCCUGCAACAACUAUUAG